GAUAUAUAAAAUAGAGCAAGUUUGUGAGGCAAAAUACUCAAACAUGAAUCCCGCGGAAGCUGAAACUAUUGCCGAUCUGGUGCAGAACAUGAUUAAAUCUUUUUUUGGCGAACAAAAACCAGAAUUGACUAGAAGAUUCAUGCGUUUUUCCCUCGGGUUAUUAUCAUCUACAGGAACACUGAGAGAAGAUGAAAUGACUGUAGCAACAAACAUAAAGAGUAAAUUAUCACCACGUGAUGCAGUACAGUUUGAUAAACUACAUAAUGACUUAAAAGAUGGGCCAUUGAAGAAUCGUAUAAGUAUUCUAUUAUUUCUACUGAACAUGAGUCAAUCGGCUGAAGCAAUAAAGGAUAGAAUUUUUUCAUUUCCAGACAUGAAAUUGGGUUUAAGUCCAAUUGCAUCCACUAGUGGACAAUCCUCACAAACAUCAUGUUCUCAAGCACAACAAAUUGUAUCAUUGAAUACUACGGAAAGUUCAAGAGGAUUGCUAAUAAAUCCAAGUAAAAUAUUCAAUAAUGAAGAAUGUAUUUCAGAGGAUGUAUUGGUUCAGGACUUGAUAUAUUCUUUCCAAAGUGUUGAAGGAAAAAUCCUAAAGUUGGAUUCAAGCUAUGGCUUUCAGAUAGAUCCUGUAGCAAAGAUUAAUAGAUCGCAAAAGCAAGCUGUUUUAAGACUGAGUGAAUUAGGAUACUUACAUAAUGUAGUGCGAAAAGGAUUGGAAAGAAUGUCUGUAGCCGGCGCGGGUAGAGUUGCUGAUAGUUUUGUUGCGGCUCUGCAUAAGGAAUUGUCAGAAUAUUAUAGAUUUAUAGCUAUAAUGCAGGAAGAAGUGAAUAGGUCACAAAAUCAAAUGGUUAUGUAUGGAGUUACAUUAUCACAUUUACACCUUUGGACCUGUGAUCCUCUGGAAACUUUAAAGUGGCUAGCGAGUAUAGUAAGAGCUUGCCAAGGCCAAAAAGGUGGUGCAUUAGCAUCUACUGUUUACGAAUUCAGCUAUCAUGGAGAUGCUAUUGUAAAGAAUUUGGUCAAGAGGGUCUUAGAGAGUGUUUGCAAUCCUUUGUACAAUAUGUUAAUGAGAUGGAUUGCUGAUGGAGAAUUAGACGAUCCGUAUAAGGAGUUUUUCAUUCAAGCAUGUGCUGAUGUUAGUGGUGACAGAAUGUGGCAUGAGAAGUAUCAAGUGAGAAAUUCAAUGGUGCCAUCCUUUAUUAGUAAAGCUCAAGCAAAGAAAAUUCUUGGGACAGGAAAAAGCAUUAAUUUCUUACGUGAAGUUUGUAAAGAUUUCUCACCAUGGCAGGAUAGACAUGCAGAUAUGUUCAGAAAUUGCGAUGAAGAAUAUAAUGUCGAAGUUUUUUUUGAUAUGGAUCCAGAUGGUCGCUUACAAACUAUGAUGAAUGCUGCUUAUAAAGAAACAUCAACAAGAGUUGUCGAAAUAUUGACAAAACAGUAUCACCUCAUGGAUCACUUGCAGGGAAUCAAAGGAUAUCUUUUACUUGGCCAAGGCCACUUUAUUCAACAUCUCAUGCACUUGCUGGAACCUGAAUUAGCUAAACCAGCAAGUUCUUUAUAUCCCCAUAAUUUAUCAUCUAUUCUUGAAACUGCAAUAAGGGCAACUAGUGCAAAGUUAGAUGACUUAGAUGUGCAGAAACGUUUAGAUGUUAGAUUAUUAGCACCUUCAGAGAAUGAGACAGGCUGGGAUGUUUUUAUUCUAGACUAUAAUGUUGAUGGACCUAUAGGAACGAUUUUAGAGCCAUGCAGGCAAACAUAUCAAAUGGUAUUUUUUGCAUUAUGGAGAGCAAAAAGAAUGGAAACGAUCUUAUCUGCUAUUUGGAAGCAACAGAUAACAUCAGCCAAGAUGUUCAGAAAAAUGCCAGAAGUACUGCCAAUCCAAAAUCAUAUCCAUUUGAUUACAAGCAGCAUGGUUCAUUUAGUUCAUCAAAUGCAAUAUUAUUUUUUGUUUGAGGUAAUUGAAUGUUCUUGGGAUACAUUUGCGAAACAACUUCUUCAAGCAACAUCUCUUGAUGAUAUAAUUGUGGCUCACAAUCAUUUUGUAGAUUCUGUAAGACAUGGUACAUUAUUAGAUGAGAAAUCGCAGGAACUUAUGGAUCAUCUACGCUCAGUUUAUAGCCCAAUAUUAGAUCUUCAAAAUCUUGAAGAAACUUUUCUUGCACGUGCUACUCAGGAAUACGAGGCAAGAUUAAACACCGAUAAUUCCGUACAGAGAUCUGAGCAAACGAAAAAAUGGGGUCGUACAAACAAACAAGAUCAAGAGGUUGUAGAAAGAGAGGUUGCAUUUUCAAAAUAUCUAAACACACUUUCAAUACAUCUCAAACUACUUUCGAAAACAUAUCAGGAUCGUGUACAGAAAUUUUUACUAAUGUUAGCCUCUGCUGAAGAUGUGUCGCUACAGUUACUUAGUGUACGAUUAGAUUUUAAUGAAUAUUACAAGAGUAAAGAUAGUCGACUAGUUGCGCCGUUAACAUAUCAACAUCGCAGACAAAGCGAUCAGACUUUCUUUGGAUGCAAGUGACAAUCGGCAACGGAAAUUUUAUCAGAAAACCUCACUGAUUCAAGUAACAUUUCUAAUAAAUACUAUAUCCCAACUGAGCAGAAUUCAUCUAACUUUAAUAGUAAGAACACAAGCAUGAUAUUUGACUUUUCCAGUAAUCAUCCUUUGGUUCAUUCUUUGUAUAGACAUCAUGAUACCACUAAUUUUUUUUAUAGAACACAAUCAUCCAUACCAAUGACAGAUAUCGACAAAUCUGUCGAUUUGCACAAAAGAAGGUGUAGAACCAAUUUGAGAAAUGCUGAGCUAAGUAAACGUACAUUUAGAAUAUUUUUGGAAAAACAAAUAUUGUCACACGUGGAAACAGAGAUUCAGAAAAAUAUUCACGAAGCUCAAACUCCAUUAACGCCCAAUUUCGAUUACAAUAAAAGUGAUUUUAUUUUAAGCCACGCACGAUUAGCGUUAUCCCCGUUACAAACGACCGUAUCAGGAAAUAUGUCUAUCAAGAAUAAUUUGAAUUUACCGAAUUUAGAAACUAAAGUGCAUUCUAGUGAUAGAACUAUAAGAAUAAGUAAUACAAUUAUAACUGCUAAUUCUGAAAUUAAUGUGUAUGAGGAUUCUGUUCAAAACAAAUCAAAAGUUUGCACCUACACCACAUCUACAUCUAAUCAAAAUGAAUCUAAAAAUUCUGAAAUCAACAGAGCUGAUAAAGAAUCUCAUACAUUGAUAUACAAUACUAGUCCAGAAUGGUUUCAAGAUAAUGAAAUUGUAUCAGUCCAUGGCUCUCUAUUAAGUGAAACUAUCUCAGAUGUUAGCUCAUGUAGUAUAGAUUUACAAAGAAAUACUCAUCACAAACGAUGUCGUUGGAAACGUAUAGUUUUUUGUUGCAUUAAUUAAGUUUGCAACAUUCAUUGAGUCAAAAAAUAUAUUUGAACUCAUUUUAAAAUUUAUAUGU